AUGUCCGGAGGUCGCGAGGACCGCAGAGGCGAAGAUGAGCAACACAGUCGAGAACAUGAUGGCCGUUUGAUGUCAGCAGGGCCGAGGUAUUACGAGCAAAAUGUUUCCGCGUACGGUCAAAGAAACGGCUCAAGUUAUUUAGAUAGCGGCAGAAAAAACAGUAGUCUCCCCGUUGGUGUUGCAAUAGGUCAUAAAUUUGAUGCUUCGAUGGGAUCCGCGUUUAUUCCGAGACACGUUCAAGCGGCGCUUUUAUCUUUGCAAAAGCUAACUAAUAAACAAAUUACAACAGACACAAAUAGUCUGGUCGGAAGUUGGACUGAAUCAAUUGAAGAACCGCAAUCAAUGUAUUUCACCAUUGAUAUGAAAUCUGCGAUCUUAUCAACGUUCUCGAUGGUCAGGAUAGCCGUUCCGGAUUUAAAAGGACGCAGAUAUUUGCAACCGAGGAUAAUUGGAGGACAGAACACCUCCAUUGAUAAAUAUCCUUAUCAAGUAUCCGUGCAAGCACGAAAUAGUCAUAUAUGUGGUGGUUCUUUGAUCAGCGAUCAGUUUGUGUUGACAGCGGCGCAUUGUGUCUACGGCGAGUUCUUCAAGGACAUCAGGAUACGCAUGAAGAGUAGCUACACUCAGAAAGAUGGUGUAUUGAUUAGCAAUGUCAAGAUCAUGUGGCAUAAUCUGUACAGGGAUAACUCUGCGGAUUAUGACAUUGCAUUAAUAAAGGUAUCCGUGCAAGCACGAAAUAGUCAUAUAUGUGGUGGUUCUUUGAUCAGCGAUCAGUUUGUGUUGACAGCGGCGCAUUGUGUCUACGGCGAGUUCUUCAAGGACAUCAGGAUACGCAUGAAGAGUAGCUACACUCAGAAAGAUGGUGUAUUGAUUAGCAAUGUCAAGAUCAUGUGGCAUAAUCUGUACAGGGAUAACUCUGCGGAUUAUGACAUUGCAUUAAUAAAGCUCCCAACCCCCGUGAAGGACGUGAAACCGAUUAAACUGGCGGAUGCAUCGGCGAACGUGCCGGACGGAAGUAACGCGGUGGUAACAGGAUGGGGUCGGCAAGCGGCCAAUGGACCCACUGCGGCCAUUCUGCAAGUUGCCACGGUGCCCACGAUCAAUUGGAACGUGUGCAAGAAGAAGUUUGCGGAGUACAAGUUGCAAGUGACGGAGAGAAUGAUCUGCGCUAGUAAUUUGAAUGUCGUCAGGAAUGUGUGUCAGGGUGACUCCGGAGGACCACUCGUGUUCAAAGGCGUUCAAAUCGGCAUCGUGUCCUGGGGCGAUGGCUGCAUAAAUCGUGCAUUUUAUGGAGUGUACACUCGAGUAUCCGCUUUAAAUAGUUGGAUACAAAAUACAAUGAAACAGAUGUAA